AUGAUGUUAUGGGCAUGGUUUCUUUUAGUAUUGAAAGCAGUUUUUUAUAUGAGAUAUUACAAACAAUUUUUAAAACACAAACAUUUAUUUGGAGUUGAAAUAUGGUUUCAAGCACAUAGAAUAUUAAAUGGUUUAGCUUUUAUUUUUAUAACAAUUGCUAUUAUAGCAACAUUUGCUGGAAACAAUUUUAAAUGGCUUGGUCCCAAAGUUAAUGGUAAUAGUUCUGGAACACCAGGUGUAUGGCAUUCUAUGAUUGGUAUACUAGCAUACAGUUUUGUUAUUUUUCAAUUAAUUUCAUCUUUUUUUCGUUGUGCUCCAAGUAAAAAAAAUCGACUAAUAUUUUCUAUUGUUCAUAGAACUUUUGGAAUCCUAUCAUUUACACUAGCAUUAUUAAAUAUUUUUAUAGCAGUGAAAUGUUUUACAAAUUUAUAUUCUAAUCCAAGUGGUGCUAUUGAUGUUUUAUAUUGUUAUUAUGCAAUAAUUUUAAUUUGUAUUAUAACAAAUGAAGUUCAAAUAAGAUUUAAAAUUAGAAUUGGACUUCUUGCAACAUUAGGAUUUUUAAUUUUUUCAUCUCUUAUUGUUUGUAUCUAUUUAACAAUUACUAUUGCUUGUUCUUAA